AAAGGUGUGGACGGGGCGGGAUAGCAGGCCGCCCGGGUCCGCCCGUCCGCCAUCCCCGCGCCCGCCCUGCCCGCGGCCCCGCCCGAGCGCGGCUCGGGGCUCCGCUGCUCAGGCCUGGGGGCGGGGCCGCGGCGUCAUGCAUAUGCAUGAGGCGGCUCCAUUGUGCCCUGGGAGCGGCGCGAUGGCGCGGGCGGCGGAGCCGGGGCGGCGGGCGGCGCGCAGGGCGGGCUGAGCGCAUGGAGCGGCGCGGACCGGGGGCCGCGGCGGCGAGGGGCCGGGCCCGGCCGCGCGGAGUUGCAGAACAUCCAGGGGAUGGGUGUCAUUUGUCGGCUCAGAAGACUUCACAGGGACAUACACCCCACACCCGCCUGGAUACAUAAGCAGGCGGCCCGGCAGGCAGCCAGAGCAGCUGAGCCCCACGUCAGCACCAGGGAGGGCUGCUUUCUGCCACCCACAGGCCUGGCCUGGAGGCUGCUCCCAAGCCAAUGAACCCCAUGAACCCCAUGAAACCGGCCCUGCCCUCCGCACCACACAGUGAUGGUCCCUUCGCUUAUGAGGCGGUGCCUUGGCAGCAGAGCGCCACGCAGCCCGCAGGAUCGCUGUCCGUGGUCACGACCGUGUGGGGAGUGGGCAACACGGCCCAGAGCCAGGUUUUGGGGAGCCCCAUGGGUCCUGCAGGGAGCCCCCCUGGCAGCUCCAUGAUGCCGGGCAUGGCCGGUGGCAGCUCGGCGCUGAGCUCCCCACAGUGCCUGGGACAGCAGGCGUUCGCGGAGGGCGGUGCCAGCAAGGGCUACAUGCAGCAGGGGGUGUACGGCCGCGGAGGCUACCCCGGAGGCCCCGGCUUCUCCACCGGGUACGCUGGGGGCCCUGCGGGGGCUGGGGGCCUGGGCCUCCCCUCCCAUGCCACACGGCCCUCCACCGACUUCACUCAAGCAGCAGCAGCUGCUGCCAUGGCUGCCGCCGCCGCCACGGCCACGGCCACGGCCACAGCCACGGUGGCCGCCCUUCAGGAGAAGCAGAGCCAGGAGCUGAGCCAGUACGGAGCGAUGGGGACUGGACAGUCUUUUAACAGCCAGUUCCUGCAGCACGGAGGCCCCCGGGGGCCCAGUGUUCCCAGCAGCAUGAACCCCGCCAGCAUGGGAGGGCUGAUGGGCCCCUCUGGCAUGAGCCCCAUGGGCAUGACCCCCACCCGGGCGGUGGGCAUGGCACCCCUGUAUGCAGGGCAGCGCCUGCCCCAGCACGGUUGUCCGGGGGCUCUCCAGGCCCAGCCGCUGCCCCGACAAGGAGUCAAGAGAGCCUACUCCAGUGAGGUGUAUCCAGGGCAGCAGUACCUGCCGGGAGGCCAGUACUCACCCAGCACCACCCAGUAUGCCCCAGGGCAGCCCCCUGCCCCCUCUUCCUUCCCUGGUCACAGGCUGCCCCUGCCCACCUCCGGCCCCCCAGGACUGCACUACAAGCCCACAGAGCAGUUCAACGGGCAAGGUGCCAGCUUCAGCACAGGGAGCAUCGGCUACGGCCAGCCGGGCCUGAGUGGGCCCACCCGUUCCGUCCCUGGCUACCCCAGCUCCCCACUGCCAGGGAGCCCCACGCCACCCAUGACCCCCGGCAGCAGCGUCCCCUACCUGUCCACCAGCCAGGACGUGAAGUCCCCCUUCCUGCCUGACCUCAAGCCCAGUGUGAGCUCCUUGCACCCGUCACCCCCUGGCAGCAGCCCCUGCGAGGAGCUGCGGCUGACCUUCCCCGUGCGGGACGGCGUGGUCCUGGAGCCCUUCCGCCUGCAGCACAACCUGGCUGUGAGCAACCACGCCUUCCAGCUGCGCGACUCCGUCUACAAGACCCUGAUGCUGAGGCCUGACCUGGAGCUGCAGUUCAAGUGCUACCACCACGAGGACCGGCAGAUGAACACCAACUGGCCGGCCUCGGUGCAGGUCAGCGUCAACGCCACGCCGCUCACCAUCGAGCGCGGCGACAACAAGACCUCCCACAAGCCCCUGCACCUGAAGCAGGUGUGCCAGCCCGGCCGCAACACCAUCCAGAUCACCGUCACCGCCUGCUGCUGCUCCCACCUGUUCGUGCUGCAGCUGGUGCACCGCCCAGCCGUCCGCUCCGUGCUGCAGGGCCUCCUCAAGAAGCGGCUGCUGCCCGCCGAGCACUGCAUCACCAAGAUAAAGCGGAACUUCAGCAGCGGCACCAUCCCCGGCACCCCUGGGCCCAACGGAGAGGACGGGGUGGAGCAGACGGCCAUCAAGGUGUCCCUCAAGUGCCCCAUCACCUUCCGCCGGAUCCAGCUCCCUGCCCGUGGCCACGACUGUCGCCACAUUCAGUGCUUCGACCUGGAGUCCUACCUGCAGCUCAACUGUGAGCGGGGGACCUGGAGGUGCCCCGUGUGCAACAAGACGGCCCUGCUGGAGGGCCUGGAGGUGGACCAGUACAUGCUGGGCAUCCUCAUCUACAUUCAGAACUCUGACUACGAGGAGAUCACCAUCGACCCCACGUGCAGCUGGAAGCCGGUGCCGGUGAAGCCGGAUGUGCACAUCAAGGAGGAGCCGGACGGGCCGGUGCUGAAGCGCUGCCGCACCGUGAGCCCCGCCCACGCGCUGCUGCCCAAUGUGAUGGAGAUGAUCGCGGCCCUGGGCCCAGGGGCAGCCCCCCUCACCCCCCUGCCGCCCCCCUCAGCUCCGGCCCCCAGCGAUUACCCCAGCCAGGGCUCCAGCUUCCUGGGACCCGGGACCUUCCCCGACUCCUUCCCGUCCACCACACCCAGCACGCCGACCCUUCCCGAGUUCACCCCAGGGCCGCCCCCCGCCUCCUACCAAUCGGACAUUCCCAGCAGCCUCCUGACUCCGGAGAAGUCCACAUCCAGCCUCCCAGGCCAGGUGGCACCUGCAGGUCACCUGGAUCCGGCUCACACCCCUGGGCCAGCCGCACUGCACACCCCCAACCUUGGAGGCCCCCCAGGCCCCCAGCUGCACCACCCCAACCCUCCCCCAGCUACCCGGCAGCCCCUCGGCCCAGGGAGCGGGGGCCCCGUCGGCGAGCUGGCCUUCCACGCUGCCACAGGCGUAGUGGGGCCCCCCAUGUCUGGGGCGGGGGAGGCCCCAGAACCGUCGGCCCUGGACCUGCUCCCGGAACUGACCAACCCGGACGAGCUGCUGUCCUACCUGGGCCCUCCCGACCUUCCCACCAACAGCAGCGAAGACCUGCUCUCUCUCUUCGAGAACAACUGACUCCCGCCCCGGCCCCUGCCACCAGCCCUCCUGCUCCCCCAGGCUCCCCUGAGGCUGCAAGCCUGCUCCCCACCUGGCGCCGCAGGAGGCUUCAGGGGCCAGCCCCGCCCCCGGCCACGCCACGCCCCUCCCGCUCUGCAUACACGUCCCGCCGCCCCGCCCACCAGGGCCAACCAGCCGGGCCGCCCCCAGAACAGUGACCGGGGCCUGAAGCACGUGGCGAGGUGCCCGUGGGCGCUGGUCCGGGUCCGGCCCCCUCCUGCCCCGCGCGGACGGGUCCCACACGCACCUCCCGCAGGCGGCGGCCUCAUCACCUUCCUCCCCGCCCCGACCCCCAUGAACAUGCAGCUCCGCCCUGGCCCCGGCAGUGCCGGGUGGGGCGCCCGCCCUCCCGCCCGCCUCUCAUUAAAGGGUUCCCACUGGC